AUGAAGUUCUCAGCUACCCUUCUCAGCGCAGCGUUGCUCACAACGUCUGCCAUCGCAGCUCCUCUCACCGAACGCCGCGCAGCUCGCAACGCUGCCCGAGCUGAUGCCAGAACUAACCGAAUCAGCCGCCCGCCCUUUAAGCCCGACACCAAAGAGCUUCUCAAGCUGGAUGGUACAAAACACGAGGAGUACAGUACCAACUGGGCCGGUGCUGUCCUUAUUGGCACCGGAUACACCUCUGUCACCGGCCAAUUCACCGUUCCCACCCCGAAGCUUCCGGCCGGUGCUUCGUCCACCGAGCAGUACUGCGCUUCCGCUUGGGUCGGUAUUGACGGUGAUACUUGCAGCACCGCCAUCCUCCAAACUGGAGUUGAUUUCUGCAUCCAAGGAAGCAAGGUCACGUACGAUGCCUGGUACGAGUGGUACCCGGAUUAUGCCUACGACUUUACCGGCAUCACAAUCUCUGCUGGAGAUGUGAUUGAGGUCACUGUGACCGCCUCAUCCAAGACGGCCGGUACUGCUGUCGUCAAGAAUGUGACUACAGGCAAAUCUGUCACCCAUACUUUCACCGGUGGUGUUGAUGGAGAUCUCUGCGAGUACAAUGCUGAAUGGAUUGUCGAGGACUUUGAAAGCGGUGGCAACUUGGUUCCCUUUGUCGACUUUGGAACCGUCACAUUCUCGAACGCAAAGGCUACGACUGGUGGAAAGUCUGUCGGCCCAACUGGAUCUACUCUCAUGGAUAUCAAGCAGAGCAACGUCGUCUUGACCAAGUCUUCUAUUACUAGCAACAGCGUUAGUGUGAGCUAUGUCUAA